CUUUUGUGUCGGUGGUGUGUUGUGUCUCUGUUCUUUUAAUGCGUUGUUUUCGCUUUAAUUUUGAUAAAGGUAGCUUGGAUGAAUGAAGUCACAUAGCAGCAAGUUUUGAGCUGAAGAUUAUCAGACCCUUUCUUUUUACUGAGUAUACCCAGUACCCACUCACAGAUCUAGCAUGGGUAGGGGCAUUAUGGAAACAUCAGCUUGGCCAGACAGUGAGGCGUGCUGGUUUCUCUCACAAGAGGUAUUUCGCUCACUAAAGCAGAUCUCUGACACCAUUGAGGAGUGUAUAGAGCUGUUUCCAUCACUGCUGCAGGACCCUCAUGAAGCACAGGCUCGCCAGGAGCGGUUUGUGAUGCAGCAGGCAGCCAACCAGAGCUCUAAUGACACAGCCAAGUGUGUACUAGUGUUGCAGGGUAACCUCAUAGUCCAGGCUGAACUGCAGAUAAAAAUUCAAAAGCACCCCAACACCAUACACAAGACAUCCAUCAACCAGGACAAACCAUGGGUGCUGACACAGAUUCAGGAUUCCGGCAACUUCCUGGCUGAGGCCCGGCGGAAGGUUCGCGAGGCGGCGCAGUUGCGCCAGCGGCUGGCCGCCGACGACGCCAAAACGGAGCCGGACGUCCAGCUGCUGCGCUUCAUCGCCGCCCGCCUGGGCGUCAUCAUGGACGAGCUGAUGAUGGUGCUGAAGCGCGGCCGCGACUGCCUGCUCAGCCCGCGCAAAAAGACCAUCGAGGACCACCUCAACAGCGAGAACAUGAAGGCGCUGAACCCGGCGCUGCCCGGAGACACCGCCGUCAGCUUCUACGUACAGGGCCACCGGCUGAUGCUGGCCGUCUACCACCUGGUCUCACAGCAGGGCAACAUGCGCUUCGACUCGUUUCUCGCCGAGUGUACAGUCUCCAAGCUGAACAGCAUUCUAAUCUGUUACACACGAGCAUUCCAAAUGUGCCAACAGAUCAAGAACAAGCUGUUUUGGGCGACCAAAUGCAACGAAGUGAAGAAUUUCCGUUAUGCAGGGUUCGGGCAGAACAGCGUUUGGUAAGUUACCGUUCCAACUCGCACUGUGCAGUAUGUUCAUUGUUCAUUAUGCUUUCUCUUGUGUUGUCUGUAAAACUUAACGAGUACUUUGCGAUCGAUUCCUUUCCAUGAUUGACGAUACCUCAUCUAAUGCGAGGAAGUCGUGCUGGUCGCAAAUUGGCUCUACCCGAAUCUUGGACCUUCCGAAUUUUACUUAACGACGUGUCAUUGAGUGACUGUCACCUGUGUAGGGUUUUCAGUCGCGAUCAAACGAUGAAUGGUGAAAGGAAUCGGCUAACGCUUUCUUUAGAUGUAAUGUUUUCGUUAAAAUAUUUUCCCAUCCAAAGUCCGAUAGGCCACAUAAAUUGAUCAAUUUUGACUCAUGAACGAGCGACACCGGUUUAAUGUUUCAGCAUUCUAGUUGGACCUAACGACAAAAGAUAUAAAUGUUAUUGUUCUUCGUUGUCUCAUUUUCAGUGAGGUGGCAUAAGAUGUUAUAAUUAAUCGAGGUGUAGAACAAACUCAUACGGAAGUAAUUUGUCAGCCGGGCUAGUCGUAGUCAUUAGUGGAGCGUGGCGACCACUGUCAUCAUUCACCUAUCAUUUUGUUACCUCUGGUUCCAUCAAAUAAUCUGAAAAGCCAUACCUAUUCGGUGGUCGACUCAGCAAUGACAUUGUCAUUGCCUCCCCUCUUUUCCUCAUGUCAAUAGUCAUUACCCUCAAAUUAUUUCAAUUUGGACCGCGACCGAAUGAGCUUAGCCACCGUGAUGUGGUUAUGUAAUGCGUGUACACUGUACAUACCUAUAUUUUAUCUGUGAUCAGCGAUACCAUAAAUCAAUAGAUUAAGCUUCGAUUUGUUAUCCAAGGAACACAUUUAUCGUAAUUAGUGGGUCUUCAAAACGGUGACCUUAUUCAUAAUUCAGGCAUUGGUAUUUGCAGUGAAAGCCUGAUGUAGCGUACUCUUUUAUUUUACAUGGUAAUGUCAUGGCUCACGGCUUAUAAGUAAUACCAAAUAGUAUUUUUACAAAUGUCAUGCUUCCGGAGGAAUACUGCUGCUUCAUGUUUGUGAUAGAAUCAUCGACAAGAAAUUGUUAUACCCUGACUGAACUCUGAAGGGUAUUUUUAGCACACAUAAUAAGCGAUAUAACCGAGGAUUUGUAAAUUUUAAACCGUCUCAUUGCUAUGGUUUCGUGCAGAAAUCGGAUGAAAAUCAGUUUUAGGUACGUAAAAAGAGGAUUCGUACAAUUCCCAAUUUUCCAAUUGUUCGUUCCUUGAGUCUGUUGGUCGGCAAAAUAUGGAAGGCCACGGAUGGCAUCAUAAGUUAAAGCAUGGAUGUUUGGUAUGUGGUUAUGCGAAAAUCGAUUUCUUGCGGCUUGCGAUCAGACUGGUGUUUGAUUCAUCUGUGAUUGAAUCGAUUGGAUUGAAUCAAACAAAAUUUGUUGAAUCAAAAAGGUUUGAUUCACCGUCAGGAUUGUUUGAUUCACAAGCCAUGAUUGAAUCAAACGCAUUGGGAAUAAGGGUUGAUUAAAUAAAAAAAUUAAUGAUUCAUGAACUUAAAAAAAAUUGAAGUGAACGAACAUAGUUCAUUAUCAACAAAUAUUAACACUACUGCCAUUACAUGACAACAAAAAGAACACAACAAAUACAAUACUAUCCCUGAUAUUUUGUAUAUUUUAUUUUUUAAUUGAAUAAAAAAAGAAUCAUUCCAAAAAAAAUUGGCUGAAUCAAACGUGAAUCAUUCCUUUUAUUUCUUUUUUUAUUCUCUGAAUCAAAAGGAAUCGAUUCACCAAAUUUUUUGAAGUCGAAUCAAACGGUGAUUGAAUCAAACAAAAAUCAAAUGAAUCAAUGAUUGAAUCGAUCCAAAAAAGGUGAAUCAAAAACCAGUCUGCUUGCGAUGGAAUCUAUAAUAGCUUCCGUUGCAUCGCCAUCAUGCUAAUGGUUGAUCGUUUAUUUUCCCAUAGCAUUUACAGGCUUGCUACAUAUAUUAUUUGUGGUGUUAAGUGUGUACAAAUGUGCGAUAAAGUUAGCCAGAAUGCGUCUUGCAUGUGUAACUGGCGCGUUCUGGGUUUCAAUGAUGGAGAUUUAGCCAUCUCUUUGUGGUGCGUGUUAUAAUAGGCGUCGUUGGCUAGCUAAACGGAAGUCAAAGUCUGACACCAGACAUUAGUUAAAUAUGUGGUGCGGUGAUUAUCUGCUAGGCUCUUUAUAAUCGUUAAGUACUGCAUGCCAUAGGUAUAUAGCGUGAAUAUUAUGGCGUUAGUGAUAAUGUAGUCUAGAUAUGUUAUUGUGUUAUUGUUGAUCGUUGUAAAUAGGUCAUGUUACAUAUUAUAGAUAUCUGGCGCAUCAUUCCCCGAAAGGCUCUACCAGUCAUGGAUAUUGAAUGUAAACGCGAACGAUGGCCCUCCGAGGGAGACUAGGUGACUGCCACGUGCGUUAGCUGAAUGUUGAAAAAGGAUACGUUUGUGUCUCAUUUUAUUUGCCGUGAGUCCCACGUUCCUGUCACAGUUCUUCGGUGAAUUGUAGUUUUUGCUUGUGUGUCCCUGUGGUUCAUGGAUCUGGCAAUAUACCAACUGUUUGUGAUG